AUGCCAGUACCUCAUGAUUUUGACACGUGGUGUGCGAGUCUCGAGAAGUCCAGGUCGACCCAAGUUUCCCACUCCUUUCAAGCGAUCAUAGAUCAGCUGGUACAACAGCACCUGACCGAGAUCACAGAGCUUUCCCAGCUCCGUAUAUCCAACGAGGAUGAGAAUCGAAGUGCUCCAAUGAGUCCUCAAAGUUCUGCAAUGGACCAGGUGACUCAGGCGGCUUCGUUUGUCUCCCAGAUGGAGCUGGACAACUCGAAGAGAAAUCGUACUUCCUUCGGCCUUGGAGGUUCAGUUUCUGGAAGCAUGCAAAGUCUGCAGAGCGCCAGCGGCAACAACAGCCUCACUGGUUCGGCCUCAUUGGCCAAGAAGUUUCGCCACCAUGCCUUAGAAGCACGACGAACUCGACAUGCAGUUGAAGCGCGUCAGGUGUUGGAGGCCAUGGACUUCAAAGAUGAAACUGCAGAGCAGUUCUUUGAAAACGACAGCGAAGAUGGCGAUGAGUUGCUGCCUGCAUCGGGUCUCAAAAAGAAGGCGGAACGAUUUGGCUCCGACUUCGCCAGGUUGCCCUGUUGGGACCGCAUGUACAUUUGGCUACAAUCUCAUCGCUUUGAUAUGCUGAUCACAUCAUUGCUAUGUCUCAACGUAAUUUGGAUGGGCUUGGAGUUGCAAUAUUCUGGAGCUUGGACUGGAGUCAAACUGGGCGUCUUCAAGGACACGGUAGUCCCGGUGCAUUUGCGGCCAACAUUUGAUGUCAUGUUUAUGGUCGGAGACAACGUGUUUACGGCGCUGUUUACUGUCGAUGUAGUUGUGAGGAUUGUGGUCCUCAGGUUGAAGUUUUGGAAGAAUUGCAUGAACUACAUCGACGUGAUAGUGACCUUAGCAUCUUUGCUUCAACUCGUGAUCAGCACGUGGACGAAUGUGAACCCAGUUUUAUUUCGCAUCCUGCGUAUUGGCAAGCUGGCGCGAGCCUUGCGAGUUGUGACCAUGUCCAAUACUUUGGCUUCCUUGGAGCUGCUGACAAAGUGCUUACAGUCCAGUGUCGAAGUGUUUCGAUACUAUGGCACCUUCACCCGCACCUUCCUGUCGAUGUUUGAGAUAUUGUUCGCGAAUUGGGGACCACCAUGUCGAGUGGUGGUGGAGAACAUCAGCGAAUGGUUCUCCCUUUUUUUUCUGCUCUAUCGAUGUGUUCUGGGGUUCGCCGUAUUAAAUGUGGUCAACGCAGUAUUUGUGCAACAGACGAUGAAAACUGCCAGUUCAGAUGAAGAACUAGCCUUCAAACAGAAAGAACGCGAUGUGGCUAUGUACACUCGCAAGGUUCGCAAAUUGUUUAACUCGAUGGAUGAGACGGGUGACGGCUGCUUGAACCUCGAGGAGUUUCAGAAGUUGGCUCAGUCUCCAAAGCUGAAAUUCUGGAUGAGCCAGCUGGAGCUGGAGUACCACGAUCUACUCAGUCUGUUUGA